AUGAUCGGGAGAUUGAGUGUGUUUUCUCGGUUAGCUUGUCGAAGGGCUAUUUAUUUAUUUCGAGAGUUUUGUGCUGAAGCAGAACUCUUGGUAGAAGAUGGGAAUAAGUCAAGAAGUUGUAAACCUUUACGCCCUUUAUAUUUUGAUUUUCAAGCAUCUACACAAAUGGAUCCUCGAGUAUUAGAUGCCAUGUUACCAUUUUAUAUUAGUCAUUUUGGUAACCCUCAUUCACGCACACAUGAGUAUGGUUGGUAUUGCGAAGAAGCCGUUGAGAAAGCUAGAGGAAAUGUAGCUAAUCAGAUAGGCGCUGACCAUAAAGAGAUCAUUUUCACCAGUGGUGCGACAGAAAGUAAUAACCUAGCUGUAAAAGGUGUUGCCAAGUUUUACUAUCCAAAGAAGAAGCAUAUUAUAACUACACAGAUCGAGCAUAAAUGUGUAUUGGAUUCCUGUAGAAUUUUGGAAAACAGUGGGUUUGAUGUUACUUAUUUACCUGUUCAGAAAAAUGGAAUUUUGGAUUUGGAGGUUCUGGAACGGUCUAUCAAACCCGAAACGGUCUUGGUGUCUGUCAUAGCAGUUAAUAACGAAAUAGGUGUCCUUCAGCCAAUCGAAGAAAUUGGAAGACUAUGUCGAAGUAAAGGAGUUAUCUUCCAUACUGAUGCUGCACAAGCUUUUGGAAAAGUGCCAAUUGAUGUUAAUGCUAUGAAUAUUGACCUCAUGUCCAUUAGUGGUCACAAGAUAUAUGGUCCUCAAGGCAUUGGUGCUCUGUACGUACGUCGCCGACCUAGGGUUCGAUUAGAAGCUCAGCAAAAUGGAGGUGGACAGGAACGUGGGUUAAGGUCUGGUACUGUUCCUACGGCCUUAGUUGUCGGUUUAGGUGAAGCAAGCCGUUUGGCAAGCGAGGAAAUGAAAGCUGAGAUCUUGCUUUUCAAAAUCAAUUUUUCCAAUACAUUUUAA